UGUCAGCAGCUGCAGCUGCUGCUAGUGCUGCAAGUACGGCAGGAAUGUACGGCAGUUCAACGCCUCGAAGCAGCUGCGGUGCUUCUUGCCUCAGCUGUACGACUGCUAGUACGGCAGCUACAACAGCUAGUACCGCAAGUACGGCUACUGGGGGCCGGAGUUCCCCCGCUCGGCAGGCCUCCCGGGGCUCCAACCAACGCCCCUCCUGCAGCCCCAGUCCUGGGCGACAAAGCCCCCGGGUUCCCUGUCGGCAUACGUCCAUGAGAGCCAUCUCCCCGGUUGAUUACGGUGAGGUGCCAGCUCAGCUGAUGGAGGGAGAGGCAGUGGGACUGGUGGGCGGCCCGGGAGCUGGGGGCGAGGGGGACACGCCACGAAUGCGGUAUCGGACCACCCCUCUGGCCCCCGCAACCUCCGCGUCCACUCCCACCGCUCAUCAGCAGCCCCAGUCGGCCGCAACCACCCCCAGGAACCUAAGUGACCUUCUGCC